UCCCUUUUUUGCAACCCUUGCUUCGACCCAAAGGGCCACACUGAUUAUUCGACAUGUCAAAAGUCGUUAUUGACACAAUUGAAAGAACAAAAGAAUACAACAACUUUAUUGAACAACUAAAAGCAUUUCAUACCAGAAAAGGAACAACACUACUUCCUGAACCAGUAUUGGGAGGCAAAAAAAUCGAUUUACACAAGCUAUUUAAGGAUGUUAUUGCUGCAGGCGGCUUUGAGCAAGUAACCAAAAAACGAAGUUGGAAGCAGAUAGGUGAUGGAUUUGAUUUACCAGCAACUUGCACCAACUCUGCUUAUAUCCUCAAGGGAUUAUACAUUAGAAAUUUGUUAGGAUGGGAAGAAGAACAUAUUUGGUGUAAAGAAUGGGUUCCACCUGAGGAACUCAAGGGACCUGAAGCUCAUAAGGCAUCUACAUUAGCUGGAAAGACAUACAAGAAAUGUAAACAUCACCAUACAACAACGAAUUGUAAAAUAAGAGAAACACCCAUUUUACCAAAUCAACCUAGCAUAGUCAAUACACAUAUUUUACCGUAUAAUAUGAUUAAAGCAGAUGAAGUUCAUAAAUGUGCCGUUUCAGAACUACAUCACCUUAUUCAGCCUAUAGAUCAUGUUCACUCGAUAGGAUCAGAUAGUAGAGAUUGUGUAACAGGCACUGAGUUUGACGACAACGCCAAAAAGACCAUACUAUUGGCACUUCAAUCCAACAAUGCGAGCCAAGUAGAACUAGCGCUCAAUAACAUUGUUACCAUCUCAUACGAAUGUCCACAAAAGCUAUUACUAUCCGACAACCGAGUCUUGCUGGACAUUUUACUCCAGAAGGCAGACGUUUGCUUACAAAACAUAUUGUUUUCUCAUUCAGACUCUGAAUCACAGUGUACCAUACUCAAGAUACUCCACAUCAUGCGCAACUUUUCAUUUGUUGAACCCAACAUACGCAUACUAGCAGCCAAUGCAGACUUUAAGCAAAUGUUGAUCAAGUGUCUCGUUUUGCCCGAUUCAUCGCAUUAUAGCCAUUGUAUUGAUAUACUAGAGAACAUGACACCCUUUGUUGAAUUAGGGCCCUUUGAUUCUAUCAUCGGAUGCUUGAACAACUUGCUCAUGACAGCGACCGAGAGAUCGGUGAUAUUGGGCUCUAUCCGUAUCUUGACCAUGCUUGCCUCAUCCAACACUAAUUUACAUUAUCUUUUGCCCACAUCAACACAAGUUGCUGAGCGAGUCGCUCAAUUUUUGAUUGCAAAUGAUGAAGAGCUUAUCGGUGUCAGUCUAGAGUAUCUGUACCAAUACAGUCGACUAUCCAUCUCGUUCAGUCAGUCCUUACUUAGUCUACAUGGAGGCGCUGAUAUAGGCAUCAUGGUCUCACUCUUGAUGACGCCGGCCAAGUAUUUUGUUCCUAUGCUUGUCCAAGAUACCUUCUAUUCCCCUCUGCCGUCACCUUCACCUAACAUGUUUGGUCAUCCAAAAGAGCACCAUAGGAAUUCACCGUGUAUGCCUAAUCUGGCAUCUUAUCAGCAAUUAGACGAACCUUAUCGCUGUUUAGGAUGGCUUAAAGAUAGAUUUGAGCUGACUCAAUCCAACAGUGAAUUAUCCCUGGAUGAUGUAUAUUUACUGUAUAAAAUGAGAUUUGAUCAUGAAAAGCCGCUCAAGUUGAAAGAAUUUUAUACAGUGCUCAAGAUUGCAUUUCCAAUUGCUACAACGGGGCCCGAAUCAUCACAGCCAGGCAGCGCUGUGUUAGAAGGCACAACAAUUCGUGGUCUGCAAGUCAAACUGAAUAUCUUACAGGAUGGAUCAGAGCUGAUGUGCCAGUGGACAAACUGUUCUGAAAGCUUUGAUAGCGCUCAACUCCUUCAAACACAUAUACUUCAUGAUCACUUACCUACAACCACAAGUUGUAUGUGGAGCGACUGCAAGGACGAUCACCUGUUCAGAGACAGAGGCGAACUAACAGAUCACGUCCAACACUCUCAUCUCCUCAACAGUAAUUAUACCGACAACUCAGACAUUCAAGGCGUAGCUCUUGUUGCAGCACAAUUAUUAAAGGUGCUCUCACAGAAUCCAAACAGUCAUGUUCGAUUUAUGCCUUAUGAACAAGAAUUGAUCAUGAUGACAAAGAUACGACCCAAGCUACUUCCCUAUAUAGAAUGCAUGUUUUCUAACUUUCAGAUCGCCUCCAAUAAUUCUUCUGUUUCUUCACGCUCUUCUUCCAUUUAAUCACCAAAAAAAAAGCUGCCCUGAACCUUCAUACAUUUCGUCAUCAUUUUUUUUUUUUUAAUUUUUCAUUAUCAACUCUGCACACACAUUUUAUUUAUUUAUUUCCCCCUCUUUUUUUCUUUUUUUCUUUCUCUCUCUCUUUUU